UUAGCUAUUGGAUUCCCUAUAUACAUGCCUGGAAUCUGUGAUACUAUACUUGAAACCCAUGUUUUGAUAUUUCGUUGCGCUGGUGCUUUUAGUGAUUGUUGUUUCCAGGAAGAUUUCUGGGAUUGA